AUGGCCGAAUUUUGUACUUGUGGUUGGGGCAAAGACUUGAAGGAUCUUCAUAGAUCCAAAGAUUAUAUUAUCAAAUUACAAGACCAAAAAAUACAAGAACUCGAACUCGAAAUACAACAAACUCGCAAAGAAACAAAAAAAGUGUUCGAUGAAGCAAAUUUUGUGCGAGAAAAAAUUGAGAAUAUGACGAUAAGUAACGUCAGCGAUCGUGUAAAAGGUGUUGAUAUGUUACCUCGUCGAGUUUUCUUUGGAAUGGAGCAAGUUAUUGAUCGACGUAUACUCAAACACGGAGUCGAGGAAUACUUUGGCCCAGUUGAAAAAUUGAAUAUACUCUCAACUCAAAAAAGUGGAUUCAUAACAUUCGAGUCGCCGAAUUCAUAUUUCAAUGCAAUAGAUACUGAUACGGUUCACAUCGAGGGGAUACGCGUGUAUUUCUCCAAGUUUUCUUCUCGUUCUCGUUCACUUUCUUUUCUUAAAACAGUUGAAGGACUUGAAAGAUACAAUACAAUGAAUGAUACUGAAACCGCAUCGACCAAAGUUUAUAAUAAUAUGCCCAGAAUUGUAUUUAUAUUAGGAGUUUUUUUAAUUCCCAUCCUGGCCUUAGUUUCUUCUUCGUUGGCAUUCCCAACAGCUCAAGAUACUUUAUCGAAUACUCCCAUAAUAACAAUAUCUGGGAUUAAUAACAAAGAGAACUCUGAAUUUUCCAACACAACUGAAUCUGGAAACUCUGGAAUUUCCAAUUCAUCUUUGAAUGCUAAAGACCCUAUAUUGUCCAGCACUGAAGUUUUGGAUUCAAAUGGUCAAAAAUUAAAAAAUGACCUCGUAACGGGUGCACCUACAGCUUUAUAUGAUCAAGGCAAUCAAUAUCGCGAAUCAGCGGUACGCGGGCAAGAUUAUGCUCAAUUCUAUAUGGUGACAAUAUCCGGAUUAAGUGCUGCAUCAAUUUCGCAAUGCUCUAAUUUAUAUAUGAUGUAUCGAAUUCUUAGCAGGCCUGAUUGGUACGAUUCUUGGAACCACAGAUUUCCUUUUUAUCUCGCAAUACAAGAUACAUUUUUUAAUUUGAACAUGAUUUCCGAAUGGAUCGAAAUUAUAUCAACACAAAAUUUUCCCACGAAACUCGUGUGUAAAUUCCAAGGUGGCUUCCUGAAUUUUGCGAUUGCCUGGAACAUAAUGCUGGUCACGUGUACCGCAAUCACUGCAUAUAUUAAAGUGUAUCGAGAAAGACAAGUGGAAUUUGGACGAUUUGAUUGGAAAUUCCAUUUCGUGUGUUUAACUGCUCCUUGUCUCAUUAUUGGUGCUGGUAUAUUGAGUGAUGCAUAUGGAACGAGUACUUAUUGGUGUCAAAUUAAUGUUGCUUCGUUAUCAGGGCGUAUAAAUAUGUUGGCGUUGAGUGGGAUCGUCAUUGCAUGUACAUUUGUCACAGCAUAUUGUUACAUUAAAGUAAUCACGAAGAUCCGAGCAUCAUUUGCAAAAUUACAAUCAAUGCGUAGCAAUACAAUUCCGACGAAUCCAAUUGAAUUCCAAGAUCGAUGUUCCGCGUACUCGAUGACAGACGUGGGUCAAAAUUCAAUGGCUGAUUCUAAUAACAAAAGAUUUUCUGAAUUUUAUCAAGCGAUGAAUAAUAGAAAGAAUAGUGUCACCACUCUUCGGGGUAAUAAUAAUGGUGGUCCGUCGAAUAUGAUGGCUAUGCCACAUGAUCAUUCUUUUGGGUGGGAAGAUGAAGCGAUUGGAAAAAUGUUUAGUUAUAUUCUAGUUUUUGUUUGUCAAUGGGGACCCGGAGUACUAGCAUACAUACUAAUAUUCAACGGUUGCAACAACAUAAUCAGCAACACCAUGAUGGUUCUCUUUGUACAUCUUGGCGGAUUCUUUAAUGCGAUCGUAUAUCUUCGACAGCACGGAUACUUUACUCCCCGGAUACGUCCCGAUAAUCCAGCAAAUUCAAGUGACAGCUCUAUAAACAUAGGCACAGCCACACUAAAUACUUCUUCCUCCUCGUUUCAGGACUCUUCGAAAAACACCAAAGUUCCCUCGAAUCGAAAAUCUUUAUGUGUACCUGGAACAAAUAAUUCAUCGAGAGAUAUUGUUGCUCGUAGUAGAAGUCGAGAACAUUCCUCGACGGAUGAUGCAAGGUCGAUUUUCACGGUUGAAGAAAUUGAGUUAUGA